CGCCCAUCCAGCUAAUCUAAACUUAGCCCACCCAUCCUAUUUCACUCCAGACUCGCUGUUUGACUAAGAAAUAUGGAGGAAUAUUAUGACUACUCUCAACAUAAACAUUGUAUCAGGUUUAGUUUUCACCAUUGCAAUCUUACUUCGGGAUACAUUGCGAUUAACGAUCAGUCAUUCUUAAGACAUGACAAUACCGAAAUUCCUUCAUUUUUAUACGACACAUCCAACAAUUGUGUUAUAGCCCGAGGUUAUGAGGCUUAUACCGAAAUGAAGAAAUUGAAAGAACAUGAAAAUGUUUUGUAUGUACCCAGUAUUUUUACAGAGCUCCAAGAUAUUUAUUUGAGACAACAACAACAGCAGCAGCAGCAACAGCAGCAGCAGGACAAGAAUAUUAUUCGGGAAGCAGCAAAUUCACUACGGGAAGAAUUAUAUUACUGGAUAGAAAAAAUCGAUUGUUUAAGCGAGGAGUUUUGUUAUGCAUUGACUCUACCUACCCACUGGUGUCUGGAAAUGCGUGAGGCAUUUAUUCGUCCUCUUUUUAUAAAAGCAGGACUCAUUGGUGAACAGGAUGGUCAAGGUAGACUGAUUUUUUUCACAGAGUUAGAAGCUGUUUUCCAAUCAAUGCAAUCGGAUAACCAUCCAAUGCCAGACAAAAUCACAGUACAUCCAGGCAGUCUUUACGUUUUAUGCUCAUUAAAUUUUCAAAUGGAUUUACUACAUGUCAAUUUAAUGUUGGUCUCGGCUCAAUAUCCUGCUUUGGAUGCAAACGAUAGCUACUGUGUUCCGCAAUUACGAAACACUAGUUGUUUUACCAUACCUUUUGGACCAGAAGAAGUUAAAUUAUCGAUAAUAGCAUGUCUUCAAAAGCGUUGUAACACCAUCAUAACUUCAAAAGUUAUUGAUAAUUUGCUCUUGAAGUAUUUAGACGAGAAUCUGCUAGCUGAUCAUCCGUUUCAUGACGUUUGUGAUUUUUACACUGAACAACACGACUUGGAGAGAUUUGAGAUUGAGGCGAUUGAAUCAAUCACAUUGGAGGAGAUAUAUGCCAAUGUCUGUAACUCUACCGUCAAGAUAGAAUUUAUUGAUCAUAUGAAUCGUUUGCUCCAGGGCACAAGUGACGGAAAAGCCAAACGGAUGAAAAUAUAUUACCCUAACCGGACCAAACAAAUCCAUGAUAAAGAGGUGAUCAUCAAUUUUUUUGAAAAGUGGUCGAGUGCAUAUGAUGAAGAGCUGGCAUUAUUGACCGAGAUGAAUGAGUUUAUCUAUAUAGAUAAAGAGACAGGUAUUGACGAUCUUAUAAAAAAACGUAUGCAAGAGUUUUAUAUGCGUAUCGACCCAGUUAUAAUACCACCUAAAAUUACUAGAUCACCAGAAGCAGCUUUAAACAAGUCUUGUUAUUUUAUCAAUAUGGAUAUUUCAUAUACACACAUUAAAGCUACCUUGGCAUAUGUCAAUGAGCAUGAUCGAGUCGAACAGACAGAAAAUUUUGAGUGCAAUAUAGAAUCUUUAGAUAGCUUUAUCACACGGUCAAAUUCCUACCAAAAAUCUAGUCUUUAUAUAACCCAUAGUCAGAAACUGCAUUUAGAAGAAAUAUUUGGUAGAUAUCUUGAAAUGUACUCGAGUCGAAAUAAAGAAGCAAAAACAGGUAGAGCUCUCUUAAAGGAAAUUACAAAUAUUUUUAUUUUCUCGAAACCAAAUCUGCUGGAACAGCUUACGGAAAAUGUUAAAAUGGAUGGUCUUUCUGCGUCAAAUGAUGCAUACUGUAGUAACGACAACAGCUUAAUUGCUAUCCGUGAUCCAGCUUAUAUGUUCUUCUUUAUGGUAACAUAUCUACAGAAUCUCAACAAGAUAAUAGAAGAAAAAUUACAAGAUACCUUUGGAAAUAUCUCGCGGGACAAGAAUAUCUGGUAUGGCGUAUCCGUGGAUAAGGAAUUGUUAGACACUGUUUUUGGUUCAACCAAAAAGUUGAAAAAAUUAUUCUUUGCAAGCGGGAUACUUAGGAAAGAUGACAAUCUUCGAAAAGCCAAAUUCUGUACUCGUGGCGAAGAGAUUUUACCCGCCCUUCAACAAAAGCUAGGAGACUUGAAAUUUAAAUUGAAAUCUUACUUUGUCGUCGCGCAAAUAUUUUCAAAGCAUGUACAGCUUACUUUACAUCAAGUUGUUAAGAUGGAAUCACCAGGGAAUGAUGUAGCUUCUAUUAUUAUUCAAGAUGAAAUAAUCUAUAUCGAUGACGUAUAUGAUACCUUAUGCAAAAAGAUUUGGAUGAGCAAGCAAGCCGAUUGUGACAUUGAUUAUUGCACCAUGCACAAGGGUAAAAAUAAUGCACAAUAUGAUUUUGGCUCAUUUCAAAGGUAUGCAAAUACUCGUCCAAAUUUAAAGCGAUAUGUAGUUGAGCUUCUUGAUAUGAAUAAAAUACGUAUAGACUACAAUACCAAAAGAACACUCAACUUCAACGACAAAUGUACCUGUAGUACCAAUGUUUUCCUCCGUAACAUAAUGGAAGACGGGAUGAAAUCGGUCAUAAAGAAUAUUGCAACUAUUACAGUAGCUUCAUUGACAAACAAAGGGUUAUUUGGAAAUUAUGAAGUAGAUUAUCUUUUCAUGUUUGGAGACCCGUUUAAUCUUUCUUCCAGUUCAUUGAUUUACACCGCAUACACCAAAAUGAGUCAACAAGCAAUUGAAGAUUGUUUACUAUUACACGAAAAGGACUCACAGGCUUUUGUAUCGGGAGAAUCUAUUGAUCAAUUAUUGAAACCCGCUCCGGGUAUGAAACCAUACAUGUAUGACAGGUUUGUCAUGGGAACUUUGUGCCAAGUAUCUAGCGAAACGUAUGGCGUGCGUUUUUUGACCUCUGAUAACGUAACGUAUCUUCCUUUUUACCAUGAUGAUAGUUACUUGAUAUUUAUUCGAAAGGGGAAGCCAAUUCCUAGCACAAAAUUAACGAUAAAAAUAAAGGGAGGCCCUCAAAUGUUGCCGACUGCCGUAAUUAUAAAAGUAAGAAGUGCAGACGACACGCCGUUGAAAAAGUUUUCAAUUUUGAAAAAUUUUACAGUUUUGGACAAAGUGUAUAGGGGUCCAACUUAUUGGAUUAAUACCAAAGGCACAGUAAAACAAAACUUGGUUAUAGAAUCUAAAAGUAUUCAUUACAACUAUUCUCUUGAAUUAUCAAUGCGAACAGUUGGGCAUGAUGUCGAAUAUGACAAGGUGAAAUCUAGAGAUUCGAAAACUAUAGGAAAUCCAUUGACGCUGGCCUAUCUUUGAACUAAAAUAGUUGAUCUUUUUUUUCUUCCAUAAAACUAAAUGCUUCAUUAUCCUGAUUAAGGGUCAUUUGCCAUUUACCUGAAUUUAUGUGUUUAUAUGAUCCCGUUAUUUUUAUGUUUUUCGCUUCUAAGUCGUUUCAAUAAAGAUCGCAUCAUAUCUUCCGCUA